AUGUCGCUCCAAGACUUUGUGCACAGCUAUGAGAUGGAGAGCUUGCAACUGGGCAUUACGGCACGUCGAGAUGUGAUCACACGUAUGGCAGAUUUCUUCCCUGCAUCUGAGGACGACGGACUCAGCAGCAGUUUCCAAGCGACGUCACAAGCACUCGCUGCACGCCGCGUAAAAAACACGGACGAGAUACCAGACAUGGUGCUGGUUCUCGCUGGCAACACACGAGAAGGCUUCCACUACCGAUUGCGCAACAUCCAGCUAGUGGCGCUGGCGAAUGCCUUGCAUACAAGUCAAGUACCUGGCCUUGUCGGACUGGAUCUACGCUACAACCACCUCGGAGAACAUGAGGAAGAUGUUGUGCAGAUUGAAACUGACAGUAAUGAGGACGAAGAAGAAGGAGAAAGAGAUGAACGAGAAUUCCUGCUAGAUACUGCGUCCAGUCUCGGUCGACUGUUGCAACCCACACCUGCCUACGUGUGUCGGAUCGCUGAGUUAAAUCUACAAGGUAAUCGGCUCGGUAGUGAGAGCUGUCGCCUGCUCUGUACUGCCCUUGGUGCUGCUGGAGCGGUGUCUCCUUUACGACGUCUGAAUCUUAAUGGGAACCCGCUUGGGUCUGCAGGUGGUCACGCCAUUGCAGCGCUGCUUAGCGCUACCACUUGUCCCUUACAGGACCUCGACGUAGGCAACUCUGGUCUCGACGUCUCGAACCUCAUUGCCAUCGCACAGUCGCUGCGUGCUAACCGCAGUCUCAAUGCACUGAAUCUUGACAAUCCUGUCGUUAAGACCACCGAGGAGGAAGCGAUCCAGUAUAUUGGGAAAAUGCUGCAAGUGAACCGUGUGCUUACGGAUCUAAGUCUGGCUAAGCAUCAAAUGACCGAUCACGGUGCACAGGUGCUGGCCGAGCGACUGCUGGACAACCGAUCGCUACGGCGUCUUGUACUUCGCGCCAAUCGGAUCGGAAGUUCCGGUGCUUCAGCGCUUGCAGCGUUAAUGUUGCGUCACCCAACACUUGCGGAGUUCGAUCUAAGCGCUAACCGCGUUGGUGACGCUGGUGCGAAGGCCUUUGCGACGGUAUUGAAAGCCAACACGGCCACACCGCUAGAGACUUUGUCACUAUGUUCUACGUCACUUACUGAUGAAGGUAUGGCUGCACUUGCAAACGCCUGUCUAAAGCCGCAGAAUCCGGAAGCAGGCUCACGACUGCGUUGUUUACUCCUGUGGGGCAACACGUUUGGCUUAAAGGCGUCGCCGCUGGUACUGGAGCUGUGCGAACCUGGAGGUCGCUUCCACACGUACGGCGUCGAGACCGACUUCCUGCCGCGUCUUGUAGAUGAUGAAGUGCUGGUUGCACAUCAAGAUACGAGGCAUUUCCCCAGAUUUGCAUCACCCAAGCGAUAA